AUGCCUCGAUUCGUAGUCGGCGACGAGCUGGGCAAUCUCAAAGUUCUUCGUGUGUCUAGCGAGAACAACGUUGCCUUGACUGCUAUCUACCAGAAGAAAUCUUCCAGUGUUGAGGCUCUUGCAGUCGGAUCCCAAUCCUCCAGCACGAAAACAAAUAUUGCAGGAUUUUCAGAUGGCUCAGCACUUGUAUACUCUUUGAAAGACGACGAUUCUUUUGAUGUCCUUUCCGAAUGGAAAGAAUCCAGGUCAAAGGAAAGCAAAUUUAUAGGUCUCUCGCUCUCCCCGACGGCAGCGUUUACCUGUACCUCAAAUGGCGCGUUAAGAAUGACUCCAAUAUUUUCCGGUAACAGAGACGACUCGCAACCAUCAUCUUCCCAAAGAGCCUCUCUCCCAACUCGCCUCACCGACUGGCGUUUAUCUCCGAAUGGUGAAGCAUUUGCAUACGGUGGUGACGAAGUCGAUCUAUCUGUCUGGAACACGGAACUUGCAUUUCAACACAAACCGGAAAAUGAUACUAGUGUUUCAACGAAAACUACAAAAAAGCGGAAACGAGGAGAUGAGUUGUUUCCAGCCGAAACGUGGCGUGCAAAAAAUGUCCCCAAUGACUCCCUUGGUCUUCGUCAACCAAUUCGGAUUAGUUCUGUCACGUUCUUGUCAUCUUCUCUCGCCUCCCAGCACCUCCUGACGGGGACGUUAUCUGGUGAUGUGAGACGGUACGAUACCAGAGCUUCUCGUCGGCCGGUUGCUAUUUGGGGUGGGAUUGGCAAAAUCGGGGGUGUGAAAUUGGUGAAAGAGGGUCUAAAUGAGAAUGAAGUAUUUGUGAGCGAUCAUGGAUGCAAUCUAUUUUCGCUAGAUCUACGGACUGGAGGUAUCGUUUACGGGUACAAAGGUAUAUCUGGAGCCAUUACUGCCAUUGCCCCUUCGCCCAGCAUCAUGAUGUCCACAUCACUUGAUAGAUAUGCAAGAGCUCACAGUGUCAUUCCUCCUUUGAGCAGCAGGGAUAGAAAGGGUGAAAUCCUUCAAAAGUUAUAUUUGACAGGUGUUCCCACCGCUGCUGUUUGGGACCACACGUUCCCAGGAGGCGCUACGGCAGCGAACGAAGAGUCAGCUGAGGAAGAGGACGAUGUUUGGGAUAAAAUGGUACAUGUCGGAGAUGACGACCCGUUAAACAUUAAAUAA